GCCUACUCCCUGGGCGGUCCCGGCUGCCGGUUGGCGAGACGGAAGGAGAGGGGAGGGAUUUCCGCCUCCGCCAAGAAUCGGAAGUCACUGUCUCCCGGGUGAACGAGGCAGUCGCUACGAGGAUCGGCAAGUGCAGGUUUGCCCUCCUGCAGACAUGGGGCGUAGAAAGUCAAAACGGAAGCCACCCCCCAAGAAGAAGAUGACAGGCACCCUAGAGACCCAGUUCACCUGCCCCUUCUGCAACCACGAGAAGUCUUGUGAUGUGAAAAUGGAUCGGGCCCGCAACACUGGUGUCAUCUCCUGUACCGUGUGCCUAGAGGAAUUCCAGACGCCCAUCACUUCUCAGAUCUAUCAGAACCAGUGGAUGUAUACAGCGAUUGGAUAGAUGCCUGUGAGGCAGCCAAUCAGUAGCAACGCAGAAGACCCACCCCCCUUGGCAGCCCCGCCUGCUGGGUACCAAUCCAGAGACAUUCCAGGGUUGGGGUGUGGGUCCAGGGCCUUUGCAGCCCUUUGUGUGUGUGGAAUGGG